AUGGUGCCCCGGAGACCGUCUGUUGUUAUCGAUCAUUUGCUCAACAACUACGCUUGCGAGGACACUAAAGUUGCGUACGUGUACUGUGAUUACAAGGAUCAAGCUGUACAGACAGCUUCCAAUCUCGUUGCCUGUCUGGCCAGGCAAGUUAUCGGACGCCCGACGGCGUUACCGCAACAAUUAGAGGAAUUGUACAGAAAACUCGAACAGCAGAAGAGACGGCCAAGUCUGGAUGAGUUGAAGAAGCUUUUGGUAUCGCUUUGCAAUCUAUAUGAACGGACCUAUAUACUUGUGGACGCUCUGGACGAGUGCGAAGCAAAUCGUGAGAGGAGACUAUUGCUGCCUGUGCUUGAAGUCCUGCCAAAUACAUCCACGAGGCUCUUCGUGACUAGUCGUCCGAACAAUGAGGAUAUCUCUCAAAGUUUCCGCAAAGCACCUCAGAUUACCAUAGCAGCGCCCGUUUUAGACUUACACCGAUACAUCAUGGAGAGGAUCGAAGAAAGACGAGAUUCUGUUACCAAGUUAACACCCGAGCUGAAGGAAAAGAUCACAUCCACCGUUUCCGGCGCGGCGUCUGGCAUGUUUCUCCUCGCCGCUCUACAGAUCGACCGAAUCCUUGCCAUCAGGACAGUCAAGGGAAUUAAGUUGGCUCUUACAUCGAUGCCGAGAGAGUUAUAUGAACUAUACCGACAGACCCUGGAAAGAAUCCAAAAGCAAGCUGGUGAUGAUGGAGUAUUGGGUAUGAGAAUCCUUAGCUGGAUAACACAUGCCAAGAGACCACUAUCAGUCGAUGAGCUACGAUAUGGCCUGGCCGUCGAGUACAACGACGACGACGAUGACGAGGGUAAACUUAAGAAUUUCGACGAGGAAAACCUCCUCUCGCCAGGAAGCUUGGUCGAUGUGUGCGCGGGUCUUGUCGUGAUCGAUUCAACUAGUCAGAUUAUUCGUCUGGUGCAUUUCACUACCCAGGAAUACUUUGACAAGACACGCCUGCAUCUAUUCAAAGAUGCCGAACUUGAUAUAUCGAGAGCGUGCCUCUCUUAUCUGUCUUACGACUUUGGCAAAGAAUUUCUGAGCCUUCGAAUCGCACUCCAAUCACAUCCCUUUCUCAAUUAUGCAUCUCACCACUGGUUCUCACAUGCAAGAAGGGUCAUAUUGGCGGAGGAUCCAUCCCCAAUGGUUUUGAAGGUCGUAGCGCGUUUCAAGAGCUCAGAUAGCAUUUCAAUCUCGACUGAUUUAUUAUGCAUGCUAGCGAUGCCCUAUUUCAGGUUUCGGCGCUUCAAAGAUUGCGAAACAAGGAAGAGGUUCCCACUGGAGGUUGCUUCUUACUUGGGUCUCGAGGAGCUAGUGACCGUCCUCCUUGAUCAUAGUACUGGAUCCUGUCCAGGUAUGGAUACUUCGUUAGUCAUCGCGGCAAUGGGAGGUGAUUACAAUAUCAGAAAGCUACUGCUGCAAUACGGAGUUCAAGUCAGUUCAACACGCAAACCUGGCGGAAGGUAUACUGCUCUUGGGGAUGCCUGUUGGAGGGGGCAUCUAUCAGUGAUGAAAAUUUUGAUAGGCCACGGGGCGAAAAUCAAUAGUCCAGCUUGGGGAACCCACCCUCCAUUGCAUGCCGCAGCCUUUGUAGGCGACGCGAUCACAGUCGAUUUUCUGCUCAUGAAAGGUGCCGAUGUCAACGCCAGAGAUUGCCUUGGAAACACGGCUUGCCACAAAGCAACGUCAUGCCGUAGUGGUAUAGACAUCGUCAAACGCUUGGUAGAUGCUCAUUGCGAUCUUAAAAUCGCAAAUACAUUCGGACAAACCGCUCUUCAUUGCGCAGUCGCUGUUGAUAACCCUAUCAUAGUCGAUUUUCUACUCAAGGAAGGUGCCGAUGUCAACGCCAGAGGUUACAAUGGACGAACGGCUUGCCACGAAGCGGCGUGGUCAUUCCGUCGUAGUGGUGUGGACAUCGUCAAAUGCUUGGUAGAUGCUCAUUGCGACCUUGAAAUCACAGAUGACGCCGGGAAAACCGCUCUUCAUUACGCAGCCGGUAGCCUUUAUCCUGAUAUGAUUAUGAUUGAGUUGCUCUUGGAUAAGGGUGCUGAUGCUUCCGCCAAGAAUAAAAAAGGUGAAACCGCUCGGAACGUCGUUGAGAAACGACUCACGAUCGGCGCGAGAGACGAUCUUGGUCCAGAAUAUCGCAAAAAUGAUCAGCAACUACUACAAAGGAUGCUCCAACUGGAACAAAACGCCUCCCCGCUCCUGCUGCAAACGACCUUUGAGUCAAGAGACUGUUUCCUGUGA